CAGAACGGAAUCGGAACAAUUUUCUAACAGUCUCAUAUGAAGCGUUGGCUAAAAAAUUAAAAGACGCUUACCCCUUUCAUACUUAGUCUAGAAACGUUUACAAUCGUUUCUAAAAGGAUUGUUAGCAAAUUUCUGUGAGCAGUACUCGGCGGGCGUGACUGAAAAUCUUGAUAAGUCUAUGGGGAAUACACAACUUCUCGCGCCGUGGAAAAAACCGGGGGAAUCCCAUCAGUCUUACGACACUUGAUCACAUCAUUGCAGAGUGGCGGUAUAGGAGGGAAACGAGAAGCCUGGCCAAUUGUGAGCCCGCGUCUUUGCUCAUUCCACGCUUAGUUCUUAUCGUAGUACUCGUAAACGAUAUUUUCUGUCCUACAAGAAGGUGGUAGAAUAGCGAAAUAACUAUUUAAAAGUAGUGAUUGUUCUUUUAAUAUUGUGGCAUUGUUUAUUUCAAUUAAAAAAAAAUCAGUGAACGUACUAGAAACAGCACCAGCAUUGAAGAAAUAGCCACAAAGUCACUGACGAAGACAAAGGAACAUGGCAUCUGCGUACACGUCUGCGGACGAUCAAUUGGAAGAUCCUCUCGAUUUUGAGACUCCGGAGAUUGAGAUCAAGUUAACGGAAAUGAAGACAGCACGAUAUUUUACGAUAACAACCGACAGCUACAUAUCGUUGUGCUCUCGCGUUUACACUGCACUGUGCGCUGAAAACCCAGAAUUUUCUGCCAAUUUCUCAGAAUCAGUUUUUCAAUAUUAUGCUGUCAUUCAUCUGUGGAUGCGGUUUGCAGCGGUUCUUCCUAAUUCGAUGCAGAGGACAUCACAUCAGUUUCUGGCUGAAAUGUACAAGCUAAACAACGAAUCAUGGCACGUACCCAAGCCAUUGCUAACAUAUUUGAAGGGAAUUGGAAAUUUUCGUGAUGUUGACAAUUGCGAGAGACAGUUUCACUUGCCAGUAUUACCAACCGAUGAAUCCAUCGGUGGAGUCAAAUACACAUUUGGAAAAAUAAACGCCAAUACACAUCACUUUUAUGAAGCUUUUCCAGCCCCUGGAAUUGCGGCUCUGCGCAUACAGGCUGAUAUUAAGUACACAGAAAAUUUUUGUAAUGAAAAUUUAUUUUGGGAUUUACCUGAUGAUCUUCGUCCGGAUGUAAUAGAUUCUCGUGUAAAAUCUUGUAAUCCAACUAAAAACCUUUUGGGUUGGGCUCCUGCACAAGAACUGACCUCUAAACAAUUGGACCUAUGUCAAUGGCCGGAUAUGAAUGAAUUUCUAAGCAACAAGGUUUCAACUUUAAGCUCGCAUACCCUUAAGCUGUUACGAUCAAUUUCUAAUUACCUGUGCCCUAAAAAAGAGGAAGAUGAUAGUGAUUGUUCGCUGUGCCAAACUUUCGAUACUCUUCCUCAGAAUGGCUCACUAGUUCAGGGAACAUUUGUUGAAAAACAUGAUAAAUUCGUCAAAUUCGAUAGGUCUGCCAUGUAUUGCGAUGGAAAUAUAUCCUUACGUUCCCAGUUUAUGCUGAAUGAUGAUUUGGCUAAGGGUGCAAUAAUUUCGGGAUAUCGGAUGAUUAAAGAUUCAAUCGGUGAUAGACAUUGUUGGUCUUGCUAUGAUUAUGACGAGUACACAAAUGUUCCCGUUAAUUGGAUUCGUUCUCGAAACAUGGUCCACACGUUUGACUCCACUGAAAAAUUUUAUGAGAUAAGAUAUAUCAGCGCAUGUAUCUCGAAGAGAAUUUUGCAAAAUGUAUGCAUCCUAAACAGCAUGAUCAACAAUAGCACAUGGAGCAUAUACGAAUAGAAAAGGAAAACAAAACAGAAUAUUUCUGUGACAUACUUACACAAAUGUUUUUCUUUGCAUCUUAUAAGUUUUUUUGUCAUAUUUCAUAUAUGUGCAUUCAUGUUUUUGUUCUGUUUCUAUUUUUGUUACGUAACAUAGUCUUUGUUAAUGCAAGAAUUAAAUUUUUAUUGAAAUUUUCAAGGUGCGUACAAGUUGACGCAUGGAGAAGAAAAGACCUUUUAUAUGAAUAAUGACAUGCCAGUUGCUUCUGUAUCCAUUGAGUAUCUAAUUUCUGAAAGACAGCUGUCUAGGUAAACUUGAUGCAGUUUCGCUAAGUGAAUUUAUGCGUACCUUGUUAAUUAUUUAUUAUUAUUAUUUUUCUAUCCUUCUUGUAAUAUUUUCAUUUCUAUCAUUGUAUUAUUUUUUAGGGAUUGACUAUUUGAAAAAGCAAGUAGGAUUGUCAUACUGAAGUCAAUGAAAUGAGGAUACUACCUGUUUGUAUGUGUUUCUAAUGGCGAAAAAUUUUUGUUUGAAAAAAAGUAAUUAAUAAAUACUUUGACCGUCCUGAAAAUUACUACAAUAAAUCAGAACUACAUUGUGUCAUCAGAUGCCUCAUUAGUUUAAGGAAUGUUUCUUGAAAAACGUGAUAAAUUCUACAAAUUCGAUAGAUCAACAAUAUACUGUGAUGGAAUUUCAUCCAUGCUCAACAUACAGACUUAAUCGAAAACUGACUACCAGUGCCUUAAUUUCGGGAUACCGGAAAGCUAAAGAAUCAGUUGCAGAUAGAUAUAAUUGGUGUUGCUAUAUAUGACUGCCAACUACAAACAAGUUCCGGAAUCAUGGAUUCGUACUCGAAAUUCUAUUUACACGUUGGGCGAUGUUGAAAGAUUGAAUGAAACGAUGUAUACUACAGCAUCUGUUUCAAGCAGAAUAACACAAAAUGACUGCAUUCUGAAGACUAUGAUAAAAUCGAAUGAGAAGUAGAAUAUUUGCCAGUAAUAAGAGAGAAGAAAAUGUAUU